UACUGGCAACUCUGCAUUGACACAGAUAUUUGACAUUGUGCAUUUUACAAAUCCUUCAUUCUUUCUGCUAGUGUAUUAUUCACAUUAUUUUACCGAAUAUUUGGAAAACCUCAAAAAUAUGGAAGUUGUACGCCGGAAAUGUGAGGGAUGCGAAAGUGAAUCGUCUCUGCAGUGCCCCACGUGUAAACAACUGGGAAUUCUCGAUUCGUUUUUCUGUUCGCAGGCAUGUUUCAAAAAGAAUUGGAAAAAUCACAAAAUUAUUCAUGCUCUUGCUAAAGGCUCUGGAAAUGAACCCAAAACGGACGCGUUUUAUUCAUACCCUUAUACUUAUACUGGUAAUUUGAGAGCUUACCCUCAAACACCAAAGCGCACUGUACCGUUGCAUAUACAGCGACCCGAUUAUGCUGAUCAUCCGCAGGGCAUCCCCUUAAGUGAACAAGCAGCUAAGGGAUCUGGUUAUAUUAAAGUUCUAGAUGAUGAAGAAAUUGAAGGUGUUCGUGUGGCUGGUAGACUAGGAAGAGAAGUACUAGAUGAAGCUGCAAGAGUAUGUGAUGUGGGCGUAACCACAGACGAAAUAGAUCGAAUCGUCCAUGAAGCUUGCAUUGAAAGAGAAUGUUACCCAUCUCCAUUAAAUUAUCUGAAGUUUCCGGCUUCCUGCUGUACUUCUGUGAAUGAAGUGAUUUGUCACGGAAUUCCCGAUACUCGACCUUUGGAAAACGGCGACAUCUGCAAUGUGGAUAUCACUGUGUACCAUCGAGGCUUCCAUGGCGAUUUGAACGAAACAUUGUUUGUAGGCGAGGUGGCUGACAAUGUAAAGAAUCUCGUUAAAGUUACACACGAGUGCCUUCAAAAGGCCAUAGAUAUUGUGAAGCCUGGUGAGAAGUACAGAGAAAUUGGAAAUAUCAUCCAGAAACAUGCUCAGUAUCAUGGAUUUUCUGUCGUCAAGAGUUAUUGUGGACAUGGUAUUCAUAGGUUGUUUCACACAGCCCCGAAUGUACCUCAUUAUGCCAAUAACCGUGCUGUCGGGGUUAUGAAAGCUGGUCAUUGUUUUACGAUUGAACCCAUGAUUUCGCAAGGAACGUGGAAAGAUGUCAUGUGGCCUGACAAUUGGACUGCAGUUACUGCAGACGGAAUGUGGUCUGCACAGUUUGAACAAACUCUGUUAGUUAAUGAAACUGGCUGUGAAAUUCUGACCAAGAGAAGAGAGAAGAAUGGGCAACCCCACUUUAUGGACAAAAUGUAAAGUGUCUUGAGAAUCAGUAGACAAUAAUAAUUUUUACGAUGCGGAAAAUGUCAUAUAUAUUGGUUUGCGAACCAUAAAUAUGCACUCUCUAGUUAAUAGUAUAAUAAUUAAUAUACUAAUAUACAUGUAAUACUAAAUUAUUGUUUUGCUGUCGUAUAUUGAUUUUCAAUUAAGGAUGUCAUUCCAAUCAACAUUUUGUUCACAUGGUUGUUUGAGUGUGGUUUUACUGCAGAUUUAUGCUGUUUGCAAUCCAUAUACACCUAAAAAUGUUGCUUUGAAUUCAAUUCUUAUAUUUUAUAUGAUCGCUAUAAUUUAGUUUGGCGGUUUUUUAUAAAAUAAAUCAAUAUAUUUGGAAUAUUACAUUUAUACACAGGACGAUCAAUUGUUUACCAUGAGUGGAGUGGGUUAGAUAGAUUACCAAAAAAGUAUGUUUUAAUGCAACGUUAAAAUGCAUCAAUCGAUUUGACACCACGGUUUGUAUAAUAAACGAAUUUACUAGAUUAACAUGUGGGAUACGUGUGUACAGUGUGUUAUUAAAUGAAAUUGGAACAACAAUAAAACUCGUCGAUUACA